UGGGACAGUUAUACAUGAUAUCAGGUCGUAUCGUUAGAAUAAAACAAGGACAGGAACACGCUAUUCAAAAUAUGGCUUAUAUUGACUAUAUAAUUUAUUUCACUGUUGUGCUUGCGACAAGUCGAACCACAGAGGGCGUGGUUUGUAAGAAUGAUACCAUGUGUGGAAGCGGGGAAUGUUGUUAUAUCAAGCCUGCUUUAGAGGUGGUUAGCAGGAGACAAGCCAGUAUUCUACCAGUACUGCCUGGUUUUCAUGAUACAGGCAUUUGCGAAAAGUAUCGCGUGGAGCACGAGUAUUGCGGACUACUGGAACAAGCUAAUGGGCAUUGUGGUUGUGGUCCAGGUCUGUUGUGCAAGUCUGUACCUGCUGCAUCGACCUUACAGCCUCUUGUAGUCAGCAAGAAAAGGGACAUAUACAUGCCCGGUCCAGGAUCCUUCCAGUGUGAAAUGAAACCUUAAAGAGAUAUUGUAUUGCUUUGAGGUACAAAUAUACGUACCUAUAUUA